GCGACAACAGUAGUAGCUUAUCUACUUCAGGAGCGCUCUGUUAGCUGUUAGCCAGGCUUUUAUGAUGAAUAAGUACCUGUUUACCGUCUGAAUUAUACCUUUUUACGAUUGCUAAAAAUAUUUACAGAUAUUUGCUGUUUUAUUGGUGAGGUUUUUCGAUACGGUAGCUACUCGGAAGGCGUGUAAUCUGUGUGUUUGUGCUGCUCACUCACAGGUGAUGUGAACUCGCAGUGCUGUGUAGAUGCGGAUAACCCAGUCAGAAGCUGUGACGCAUCGCGGUGAGAUCAUGGACGAGAAGCAGCAGGAGCCGCUGGAUCUGGUGAAGGACUUCCAGGAGUACCUCAACCAGCAGACGCACCAUGUUAACAUGAUCUCUGGCUCUGUGGACGAGGACAGAGACCCAGAGGAUCUCCACGGAGAUUUACUGUGUUCUACAGCUGUGGGUGAAGACGAUCCGACAGGGCUGGACCACGCCUCCAUCGAGGUGUCUCUGGAUGAAGGAGCGCUGGCCAAUAGUUUUGAGAGGACAGAUGACGGGAAGCUGAAGUGCCGGUACUGUAAUUAUGGCAGUCGGGGAAUCCAGAGACUCAUUGAACACAUCCGCAUACAUACAGGUGAGAAACCUCACCGCUGCCGCCUGUGCCCAUUCGCCUCGGCUUAUGAGCGCCACCUGGAGUCACACAUGCGCUCCCACACCGGCGAGAAGCCCUACAAGUGCGACCUCUGCUCCUUCCGCUGCAGCGACCGCAGCAACCUGUCGCACCACCGGCGCCGGCGGCACAAAGUUCUCUCCACCAGGGUGGCGCACCACUCUGCACUGGCCAGCAAGAAGAUCCUGAAGAGGUCUAGCUCUCUGGCGUUCAGCCGCCGGCACCUUAUCAGCCUCAGUCCUCCGUCUAUGGUGGUGCAGAAACAUCUGAACGGGUUCCCUGCUCUGCACGCAGACGUGUACGAGAACCUGGCCAAAUCCCACAACGUCGCCGUCAACACGAACGUUCAGCCGCUAAUUCUGGACAACCCUUUAGACCAGCUGUCCACCCUGGCCGGGCAGCUGGCCAACCUGCCCGCUCAGGACCCUCACUGCUCGGCCUCUGAGGAACAGGACGCGGACUCGUCCUGCCGAGACGAGAAGCCCAUGCUGAUCUCGCCGCUUCCGGGUCUGCCGCCUGCCAGCACCGCCCAGCCGCCUUCAGCCUCCACCCCAGACCUCCACUCCCAGAGUACCAACAGCCAGAGUUACAGCCAGCCUGGCACACCCGUGCCAGCAUCUGCAUCCGCGUCCGCUCAGACCUCCUCCAACCCCCCGGAGACGCUGUUCUCCUGCUCGCACUGCCAAGUGUACUUCGCUGACAACAUCCUCUACACCAUCCACAUGGGCUGCCAUGGUUACGAGAAGCCCUUUCAGUGCAACGUCUGUGGGUGUCAGUGCAGAGAUAGGUACGACUUCGCCUGCCACUUUGCAAGAGGGCACAACCAGCCUUGACUCUGCGGUGUCUUCUCUUGAUUUGAACUGUGUGUCCAUGUUACCUCUCCUGCUCCUGAGACAGCAGGGUUGCUGGAGACUUCUACACUCUAGAGGUCUGGCUGAGAGGGUUGUUUCAGAAUCCAAUCUACACUCUUAAAAAAAAAAAAAAAACUUAAAACAUCAAGGUUCUAUAGAGGGUUCUUUGGGCGAUGCCUCAGAUGUCAGGUCUUCAAAUCUGGACCUGGAUCCAGAUGUCAGUCCUGGAUUUAGUUUGAAGUAGAAGUUUGGGAACCAAAGGUUCAUGUGUUUGUUACGUUGUAUUGUGAAUAGGGGUGGUCAAUAUGGUCCUAAAAUAAUAUCACUAUACUCUUAGCAAUAUGAUAAAACACUGAAUUAAAAAAAAUAUUUAAAGAAUACACUACUGCCACAAAAUGAAAAUUAAAUUGUAUUAUUGCAUAUGAUAUUUUAUCAGAUGAUUUUAUCAAGUCAAUGAUCCAGAAUGUCAUCAUACUAAUUAGGGGUGUAAGGGUACAGAAAAUUCACGGUUCGGCUCUUACCUCGAGAGAGAGGGCACGUGUACCGUGACCGCCGUACCGAGGCGGUUCGUAAAGAAUACACGUACCGUUACACCUCUAAUACUAAUAAUUCACUCCAGGAUUAAUAAAUAAUAAAUAAAAAAAAUGAUACUUGACAGAUAUAAUCUGUCUCUAGUAGACAUACAAUAGGAAAUGAGAACAGUGUGAAUUUUUCUUUUGCUAGAAACAGCAAAAAAAAAAAAGGUAGCACCCUGAUGUGGUAAUUAGGGGUGGGUGAUAUGGCACAAUAUUUCAGGGUAUAAUAUCGUUCACCAUAUUCAAAAAUGUUGGUGAUUAUUAUUGUGUAGGAUACGAUCUGGCACACCCCUAGUUGUGUACAUUUUGUCUGGUUCGUUUUGAUUUCACACAGCAGUUUAGUAACUGAGCUUGCUAAAGAACUUGAUUUGACUUGGCAGCUUCAUUGUCUACGUGGGCGGAGUCUGUCUUGCACAAUGCAAAAUGAUUGGUUUGUAGAACGCUGAACCACCUCUUUUGGUCAGGCCAAAUAAAACAUCAAAAAAGUCCAGGCAUGUAAACUGGAUUUAAGGUCCAGAUUAGUUUGAAGACCUCUGACACAUAUGAAUCACUAUGGUUUCUCUAGAUUUUUCUAUCAGGAUGUAUGAUCUUGAGGUUCUUCACUACUUGGCUCUAUUACACACAUGGUUCUUGAUAUACAGGAUCUAAAAAUGGUUCUUCUGUGGCAUCACUCAAAGAACCACACAAUCAUGAAAGAUAAAUACCUGGUACGGCUGAUGCAGAGCAGAGUUGUGAGAAUAUGUCUCCAAGUCUAAACUGGGAGAAUAGCAGGUCUGUGUUCUAAAGGCUUUUUUGAGUGAUCUGGCCAUGAGCUGUUAACUAGUGCUGGGCGGUAUGACCAAAAAUGUAUUUACAUUUUUUUUUUAGAUUCCGGCGGUUUCACAAUAUAUCUUGGAUUUUUUAUUAUUUAGUAUUAUUAUUUAUUUAUAUUUUUUGCACAUCUAGAAUUUUAUAUAGGUUUGUGGUUUACUCUGCUGUCAGGAGUACGUAGAAUACAUUAACAUUAAACAUUAAAGCUUUAAAAAAUGCUUUGAUUAGUAUAGGGUUUACUUUGUAGGGUCCUAGAGCAUUACACAAUAUAUGAAGGAAUCAGUCUGCAUUUACAGAAAAAAACAGUUUCAGAAUGUAAAGAAUUUUAAAUUUACAAAGAGACAUGCCAACAACUUUAACGCUGCUUUCUUUUCUAGAGAAAAUAUUUGCAAUAGUUCUAUAAACACUACAAAUGGAUAUCAAUUUACAAUGUUAUCCUUAAAGCCAAGACAAUUAAAAUAUUAAAAUGGCUGUUUGUCAGUGGCAAUUCCCUGUAGUUCUCCAGUGAACAAAUAAAACAUUCCAAAUUUCAAUGUGCAUUAAGAUUAUCUUUCAAGCUACAGUAUUUAAGUGUCUGAAAGGGCUAUACUGCUUUUGAAGUAUUUCAGGACAUGCAUCAAAUCUGACUGAUUUUGGGCUCAUCUGUGGGGAUGAGUGUCUUUUUCCGAGUCGUGGAUUAAAUGUGCAAUCUCAUUUGUUCCUUUCUGAGUAAACAAUUGUAAAAGCAUCAGCUUUUAGCAUUAGCUUUUUUUUUUAUUAUUUUACUUUCUGUUUUACUUGGAAACAAAUGUUCAUACUAUAAGGAAUAGCACUUUUGGGGUGCAUGGCAUUUCAUUUUGAAAAAGCUUCUCCGAAUAACCCUGCGUUCACACUGGCAGACGACAAGUCACUUGCCACACGUAUGUCACUUGUGGGUGUUCGAGGCUCUUCGUGCUGUUGCAAGUGGGUGUGUAUCUGCAUGGCUGGUUAGCAUGCUGGCAAGCUAUCUAUCGAGCCGUCCACUACUUUCUUCCAAAACUUUAUUUUUCUCCAAAUUGUUUCAUAUAAAUUGAAAAGAGCAAAAACAAUACACAGUAGUUUUUGUCAUACGUACAUUUUUCAGCUUAUCAAACUAACUUUAAUAUCAGGCAAAUAUAACCUGAGUAAAUUAUUCCAAAAGGGCAUGGACAACUCAUCCAGAAGGUCACAAAAGAACCAGAACAACAUUUAAAGAACUGCAGGUCUCACAAGCCUCAGUUAAGGUCAGUGUAAAAGAUUAAAUAAUAAAUAAAUUUUUCUAAGAAUGUUUGUCGCUUUGUCACCUGCUGGUUGUUGCUGUGUCGUGGCUACAAAUCACGCCCUCUCAUAGGAAAUGAAUGCUCACCUGACUCUGUCGUGUGCCAGUGUAAACACAGUUUAAGCUCUUUUCUCAUAUCUAAUGAGUUUUGUCCAAGCAGGCUAACGUGAGACCAGCGUUUAACCACAGAGGAGAGCUUAUUACAGUAGCCUUACUCCAGUGUGUUUUAAUAAGCAAUUAAUGAUUAAAGAGGAGAGAACAGGAUAAAUUGAAAUGGUAUGGUGGUACAUGAAAAAUGCAUAUCGAAGGGGAAAUACCGUCCAGCACUAGCUGUUGCCAAAUAUUUUACCGUAUUUCAUCUUUUUCUCUAUUCCCUUCUGUUCAGUCACGACUGGACUCUUGAUGGAAAGGCUGACGUUUGUCUCUGUGUGGGCAAAAUGAUAAAACAAAUAGGUUGUCUAA